GUUAGAAACAGCUGUUUGUGUUUUUGUUUACCUCGUUGCAGUUUAACAAAGCGUGUCUCGAUUAUUUCUCAGGGAAGAAAGUAUAAUAAUAUUAUUAAAUAAGUUAAACGUUGUAAUGUCCAAGAGCGACCUUAAUAUAUUUUUAGAAUUUAGUGCUGGCGCUGAAUUGCUAUUUGGAAACAUUAAGCGGCGGCAGGUAACAUUGAAUGGUGACGAAAAAUGGACCAUACGUAAGCUGCUCAAGUGGAUGCACGCCAAUAUUUUGACAGAGCGCCCAGAAUUGUUCAUACAAGAUGACUCAGUGCGCCCCGGCAUAUUGGUGCUUGUGAACGACACGGAUUGGGAGUUACUUGGUGAACUAGAGUAUGAAAUACAACCGAAUGACAACAUCCUGUUUAUUUCGACGCUGCAUGGCGGAUAAGUGUGAUUGGUCCCUAGCAUUUUUAAUCUAUAUAACUUAAUUUUUUAUAUAUUUUUAUGCUAAAUUAAAAAAAAAAACGCAUUUUUAACCCUUAAA